AAAGGAGAGAAUCUUCCAAGAAAGGGUUGGGAGGCAGAGAACAAACCCCCAUUUAAGGUACGCUAAAAAAGUGGGCUUCUCUUCUUGUUCAUCAACCCCCAACUCUCCGCCACAAAACAAGGGAACCCAACACCUCCCCACAAUCAAUCGUCAAGCCCUCCUGCCUUCUUCCUCAUAGAUCUUUCUGACAGGAACCUGCAGAUUUUGCCACCGCCAAGAUCCAGUUUUUGAUGUUCAUCAGAGGCACAUAAAGUGGAGUUGUAUAUCAUUGAAUCACAUGGGUUGUCAAGAUUUGUGAUCUCCUGCGCUUCUCGCCGAUUGAGUUGUUCUUUGGUUUGAAACCAGAUUGAUGGUGGUACUGUUUGCCGUUUCCUUUCGUGGUUGAGGCAUAAGUAGGAUGGUAACUGCAGUAAUGAAGAUCGUAACACCAUGUUGGCGGCCUUGCCCUGCCGAGCGAGAAGCACUUAGAAAUGGAAAUUCAGCAAGCGCAAACAGCGGCAAGGUUGAUGGUCUUCUGUGGUACAAGGACUUUGCACAGCAUAUAAAUGGUGAUUGCUCAAUGGCAGUUGUUCAAGCUAAUAACUUGUUGGAGGAUCAAAGCCAAAUCGAGUCAGGUCCUCUGAGUUCGGUCGAAUCCGGUCCCCACGGGACAUUUGUUGGAGUAUAUGAUGGGCAUGGAGGUCCUGAAACGUCUCGCUUCGUAAAGAAUAAUCUCUUUCACAAUUUAAAGAGGUUUGCAGCUGAGCAGCAAACAAUGUCAGCAGAAGUUAUACGCAAAGCAUUUGCAGCGACUGAAGAGGGAUUCACAUCUGUUGUGGCAAAAAAUUGGGAUUCUAAACCCCAGAUAGCUGCAGUUGGUUCCUGCUGUUUGGUUGGGGUCAUUUGCGAUGGCAUGCUGUAUGUGGCUAAUGCUGGAGAUUCUCGAGUUGUCCUAGCAAAAUCAGUUAAAGCUACAAAGGAGGUUGCUGCAGUCCAGUUAUCCGAAGAGCAUAAUGCCUGCAUUGAGUCUGUGAGACAGGAAUUGCGUUUAUUGCAUCCUGAAGACUCACAGAUUGUAGUACUAAAACAUAAUGUUUGGAGAGUUAAGGGAAUCAUACAGGUUUCAAGGUCCAUUGGGGAUGUGUACUUGAAGAAGGCAGAAUUCAACCGCGAGCCAUUGCAUCCAAGGUUCAGGCUGUCAAAGCCCUUUAAACAGCCAAUUCUUAGUGCUGACCCAUCAAUACUAGUUCAUAAGCUAGAACCAAGUGACAAGUUUCUUAUAUUUGCUUCUGAUGGUCUCUGGGAGCACCUUAGCAAUCAGGAGGCAGUUGAUAUUGUUCAAAAUUAUCCACGUAAUGGAAUUGCACGGAGACUUGUUAAAGCUGCAAUGCAAGAAGCAGCAAAAAAAAGAGAAAUGAGGUACUCAGAUCUCAAGAAGAUUGAUCGUGGCGUAAGGAGACAUUUCCACGAUGAUAUCACAGUGGUGGUCGUGUUCCUCGAUCACCAGUUGAUCAAGAGCUCGAAUCGUGGACCUGCAAUCUCCAUUAAAGGAGGUGCGGUCCCUGUACAUGCCAAUUCCUUGGCCGAGGAUUUCUAAGGCGAUCGGUUUUUGUCUUUCUAAAGAAAGUAUAUUCCAUUGUGUAACCGAUAAUUCUUUUGAUGUACACUAACCCAGUUUUUAGGUGGCGGUCUCUCACGGGAAUAGUGAAUGGAGUAUGUCUGGUGUUAGCUUUUGGAGAAAAAAUGUUCUCUGUAAAUUGUCUUAAAAUGGAAAUGAGUGGAUUCACUAGUAUGAGUUGCUUUGUUA